ACAAAAGAAAUUUGUUUAAAUUUUUUAAAAAAUAAAUAAUUUUAAUUUAAGUUGGAAAAAGAAAAUAAAUUGAAUAGCUUUGAGAAGUGAGUGGAAGGCUCAGCUGGUUUCUUCACCAAGGCCCUUGUGGUAACGUCGUUCCUUCGGUAUCGUAUAGAACAAUAUUGAACAAGAAGCAAGAACAAGGGCCCAAACUCUCAAUUCUCCACCUUAGGGUUUCAUUCCCUCUGAUUUAUCUCUUCGCUGAUACGUAAGGGGCUAAUCUUUAUUCGACCCCAAUCAAUUUUGGGCAUUGUAUCGGUAUUGGAUUUCGGCCAUGUCGGCUCGAUUGUUCAAGAAGUUUUUAAAGGAGCAAGAGCUGCUGCAACCUCAGAAGGAUCCUCAUAUUAAAGAUGAAAAUGACGACGAUGAAGAAGAAGAGGAAGAACAUGUCAAUUCUGGUUCUUCAAUCAAUCCAUUCGACCUUCUCAAUGAUGGUGACCAUGUCAGCGAUCAGGAUGAUGAGUUGGAAACUUCAGAAGAUAUCGUGUUAGGGGCUGGUGAUAAACAAGAUCCUCAAGAACUUAAAGGUACCAGCAAUUCCGUCUCAAGAUCCAGCCACAAAUCAAAGAAAAAGAAAAAGAAGAAAAACAAGGAGGGUGCUUGUGAAAGUACACAUAAAGACGAGAAGUCCUUGGAUGCAAUUCUAGAAGCUUUAAGUCUAGAUGUUAAAACUUCUGCACUGCCACGUGCUCCUGAGAAAGCAAAAGCAGUGAAUACAAAACUUCAUGAUAGCUUGGCUAAACCACCUGCAGCCUCAAUUUUAGAAGUAGAUCCAAAAUAUCUUAAUGCUGAAAAUGAGCUUCGAAGAAUAUUUGGCUCUAAAGUGGUAAAAUCAUUUGAGAAAAGUAAUCAAACUGGCCCUGGCAGUUCAAGACAGGUACGUGGUGGACGGCGUGGAGGUUAUAUUCCUAGAAAGACAGUACUUGUAACUGCAUCAGAACAUUGGCCUAGGUGGGAUGGUUCUUUCUCCAUGGAAUUUCUUGAAGUGAAAGACGGAUACCACUACUUUAGAUAUGUGCAUUCAUCAUCCUAUGCUCAAGCUCAGAGAGCCUUUGAAGCUGCUAAAGCUAUUCACGAUCUCAAUGGCAUUGCCAGUAUAUUAUUGUACAACCCUUAUCACUUGGAUUCCCUUCUAACGAUGGCAGAUUACUUUAAGUUUGCUGGUGAGCAGCAAAUGUCAGCAGAAUCUAUUUCGAAAUGUCUGUAUGCAUUGGAAUGUGCAUGGCAUCCACUGUUCACCCCUUUUCAGGGUAAUUGCCAAGUAAAAUUCAAUGAUGAGAAAAACAAACCUAUGUUCACGACACUUUUUGCUCACAUGAAGAAUAUGGAUAAGCGUGGUUGUCAUCGGUCUGCUUUGGAAGUUUGCAAGCUAUUGCUUUCUCUCGAUUCUGAUGAUCCAAUGGGGGCCAAGUUCUAUAUUGAUUACUUGUCAUUGAGAGCAGAUGAGUAUGCAUGGCUUGAGAGGUUCUCAGAAGACUAUCAAAGUGAUAGCUCAUUAUGGUUGUUUCCAAAUUUCUCAUUUUCCCUUGCUGUAUGCCGGUUUUAUCUAGAGAAACAAGAGUCAGAGGAAGGCACUCAUGCUCUUACUGCAAAGUCUAGUUCAACCGAGCUUAUGAAGCAGGCUUUGAUGCUUCACCCCUCAGUCUUGAAGAAAUUGAUAGAAAAGGUGCCUUUGAAGGACCAGGCAUGGACAGGUAUUGUUAAGGAUGCAUUAUUCCGAGCAGAAGAAGUUGGAAUCCCAUCCUUGGAUCACCUGAUCAACAUAUAUGUGGAGACUAAUUAUCUUAUAUGGAGGCUCCCAGAUCUGCAAAAGUUAUUAAGAGAUGCUGCACAACAGAUCGUUGAAACCCUUAAAAGAGAUAGCAGUGAAGCUAAGGAUUGGGCUUGUGUCAGAAAAGAAGCAUUUUCAUCUGAGAAGAACGAGUAUCGCCACUUAUUGGUCUCGGAUUUCUCUCACUCAACGCCAACUCUUCCGCCUGAAAAUCUGCAACCCUUCAUGGUUGACCCAAGGAUGAUGGAAGGCAUGCAUAAUGAAGGCCUUGCUGCCAAUGCAAAUGAGGUUCUACGUGCUCCACCGCGUGACGUUACGAAUCGAAAUGCAUUGGCUGUCUUGUUUGAAUCAAUGCUACCAUGGGUUCAUUAUGGAGAUGCAAAUGGAGCAGGUGAGGAUGGGGAUAACCUAAUGAACGGUAAUGGCCAAGGGAAUGAAGAACAUUGAUUUAGAGGUUGUUGGAAAGCGGUGUAGAAAUUGAGUCUUUUCAAAUAUGCUUUCUUUCACCAAAUGUGUUUUAGCUAGUGGAGGUGAAUUUGUUUAGAAAGCUUAUUGCUGAGGAGAUAGUUCCCCCCCAUCCAUUGCAGGCACUCGUUUUAACUUUCUACUCUACAGAU